AUGCUCAACUGCUACUGUCGUCAUCCCUAUGGACGAAGAUGUUUGUGUUUAACAAGCCUUUUUUUUAUUGCACUUUUAUCAACUGCUUUCCAUUCAGACUUUUUAUCAUUCCUAACAGGUCAACCUAUGGAAAUAAAUAAUGUUCAAUAUUAUUUUCCUGUAACCAUAAAAUCAUUGAAUUCUUCGGAAUUUAGUCACAUUUAUUCUUAUGAAAAUUCUACCCAAUCGAACCGAUCAUUAUGCAGCAUUCAAUCAGAUCAUCGUGGGCCAAAUCAAAAAGUUAUUGGUAUUUCAGUUUAUGGUUCAUCAUCGAAUUAUACUGAUAAUGCAAUGUAUGCAUGGGAAUCAUCUAUAGUUCCAUUUUUAAUACCACUUGCUAAUGAAGUUAAAACACUUCUUCCAUCAUGGAUUAUUCGUCUCUAUAUUGAUUUUACUGGUAGUACAAAAUCUCAACAAGAAUUUCUUUAUAAUUUUUCAAAUGUUGAUAUAUGUGAUAUACACAACAUGCCAAUGUUUGGUUCAUCAUUAGUUUCAUAUUUACCAGGAAAAAUGUGGCGUUUUUUACCAAUAUUUGAUCCAUUUGUUGAUUUUUAUCUUUCGCGUGAUCUUGAUUCACCUAUAAUGAAACGUGAAACCGAAACAAUUGAUAUGUGGCUAUCUGAUAAACAGAAAAAGUAUUUCUUCCAUAUUGUCCGUGAUAAUAAGCAACAUAAUGUAGCUAUGUUAGGUGGACUUUGGGGUGCAUCUCCUGGGCGUGCUCGUCAUUAUUUAUUUCAUAUUUUUCAACCGAUGCUCGUACCAUCAAUUGCUCGUCAAUAUAAAGGUGCGGGUGAUCAACUAUUCCUUUCGGACAAUAUUUGGCAACAUGUUAAAACACAUGCAUUGAUUUUCGAUAGUUAUAAUUGUGAUACAUUGGGUGGUCAGCCAUUUCUUUCUCAACGACCAGUGCCUGAUAAUUGUUUCCUUGGAUGUAUAAGGCCAUGUUGUAUUAAUACAACUUCUAGUAGUUCUCCGGAUCUAAACAAUAUUUGUCCACCAGCUUGUCGACCAAUAGACCACCAAGAUUGGAUUUAUUGUUAA